CAAACAUGAACUCCUGCUUUUUUUACUUAAAUUUUGAUAGAACUCUAUCUUUUGGUAUUUAAUUCAAUCUUUAUUCAAGUAAUGAAUAGAAUUCUUACAACAAAAGUGAAUUUAGAAAUCCUCAAUUCACAAUACAAUCUCUCUUGUUCUUCUCUCUCAAAAAGUAACAAGCUGCAGACUCUCACAUAGAAACUAACAACUUAUUUAUACUUCAACUUUGACACUAACUAAUUACACAUGUUUCACACGUAUGACUUCUUUCUUCCUCCUACUGUAAUGAAAUCUAAUAGGAGGUCUAAUAUUACUCUCCCCUCUAAAUUCACCUUGUCCUCAAGGUAAAGUUCAGGAUAAAGAAAAAACAACGAAGUUGCCUUUGCUAGUCACUUGAAAUCAUGUAGGCUGUACAUUCAAUGCUCUCCCACUAAUUUCUUCAAUUGUGAGACAUGUAAGUGUUUUUUGGUAGUUCCAGCUUAUAAGCCACCAAACCAAUUUCUCUUUAAUGUCAACUGUCUGUAGGGUCUGAUUUGUAAGAAAACUAAUUCUCCAACAUGAUAGUCAACAUUCCUUCUCUUUCGGUCAGUAUACUUCUUCAUUUGCUCUUGAGCAAAAAGAUGGCGUUUUCGUAAAGCUGCCAAAACAAUUUCUUUCCCUUAACUAUUCAUCCAAUGUAGAGUUAGAUGUAUCACCCUCACCAUAAGAUAAUAAAGAUGGAGGUUUCUGACCAUACACCACUUGAAAUGGGGUUACACCUAGGGCUCUUUGAAAUGUGGUAUUGUACUAAAAUUCAGCCCAUGGUAACCAAUUAACCCACUCUUUGAGUUUCUCACUAUAGAAACAUCUGAGAUACGUCUCCAGCCCUCUAUUCACCGGUUCAAUUUGACCGUCAGAUGGAGGAUGAUAAGCAGUGCUCUUAUUCAAUUUUGUACCCGACAUUCGGAGCAUUUCCUUACAAAAAUGGCUGAGGAAGAUUUUAUUCCUAUCCGAAACAAUAGAUAUAGGAAAUCCAUGGAGUCUUUCAGCUACAACUUUAGCGGAUGUUUAAGGGGCAAAAAAAUGGCCAUAUUUACUUAAACGAUCCACCACUACCAAUAUUACCUUAUAUCCUGUAGCCUUUGGCAAUCCAUCCACGAAAUCCAUGGAGAUAUCACUCUAUCUAUAUCUGCUAUGGAAUUUCUAAUGGGAGACAAUGCUAAUGUUUUGUUUGGUUGACACGUCAAGCAUUCUUCACAAUGUUUCUUAAUAUCAGCUUUCAUGCCCUCUCUUAUACGUUCUUAGGAAUCCAAAAUGACCCCUAAUAACAGAGUCAUGAUAAGUGUUCAGAACAACCGGAAUUAAGGUUGAUGUCUUUGACAGCACUAACUGAUUCUUAUACCUCAGCAUACCAUUCUGAACUGAUUAUUUUCCAUUUUCGUGUUCUUUUAACUCCUUCAAUUCAGUUGUCACUUUCUGGAGCUUCAAGUUAUUUUCCACUUCUUCCUUGAUAGUUUUCAAGUCUAUCAAAACUGGUACUGGUAUAUACCACAAAGUUGUACAUUAGGUGAUUUCAUCGACACUGCAUCUACCGCUUUAUUUUUAAGAUCCGACUUAUAAAUCACCUCAAAUGAAUACCCAAGUAACUUAGCAACCCAUUUUUAAUACUGAGGUUGAACUACCCUUUGCUCUAGUAGAAAUUUCAACAACCUUUGAUUAGUUUUGACAAGAAAUUUCGUUCCCAAUAGGUAUGGCCUCCACCGUUGAACAACAAUAACAACUGCCAUUAACUCUCUUUCAUAAAUUGGUCAUGCCCUGUCUCUCAUUGCUAGUGAAUGGCUAUAGAAGGCUAUGGCCUGAUGCAUCCGUUUCAAUCUCAAAUGGAGGAUCAAAAUUUGGUAGUCUUAAAACAGGGAAGGACAUCAUUGCUGUCUUCAGUCUUUCAAAUGCUUCUUCAGCCUCUUCAUUCAACUUAAGCCCACCUUCCUUCAAUAGUUGAGUUAAAGGUGCUGCUAUGGAACCAUAUUGCUGCACAAAUCUUCUAUAAUAACCAGUUAAUCCAAGGAAUCUCUAGACUUCCCUGAUGUAGUUGAUUUCGGCCAAUCAGCUAUAAAUUUGAUUUUUUUCGGAUCAACCUCAACACCUUCUCCAGAAAUAGCAUGUCCCAAAUACUCGAUCUUAGACCGAGCAAAGUUACAUUUUUUUCUAUUGGCAUACAACUCAUGUUUCCUUAGAAUUGAAAAAACAAGCUCCAUAUGUUUCACAUGCUCAUCCAGAUUCUUACUAUAUAUUAAAAUGUCAUAAAAAACACAAAAAACAAACCUUCUUAGGUGCGGCUUGAAAAUAGUAUUCAUUAAUGCUUGAAAUGUAGUCGGUGCAUUUGUUAGCCCAAAAGGCAUAACUAGGAACUCAUAGUGUCCCUUAUGAGUCCUAAAUGUCAUCUUUUCAAUGUCUUCAUCCACCAUUUGUAUCUGAUGGUAACCAAAUUUCAAACUGAUCUUCGAAAAUAAUGUAGCCCCACACAACUUAUCAAACAACUCUUCCACCUCAAGAAAAGGAAAUUUAUCCGGAAUUGUAGCAUUGUUCACAGCCUGUAGUCUACACAGAAACGCCAGCAAGAAACGCCAGCUGCUGUCUUUCUUCUUAACAAGAAGUACAGGGCUAGAGAAAGGGCUAGUGCUCGGACAUAUUACUCUUGAUGCGAGCAUCUCCCCAACUAAUUUCUCCAUUUCUUCUUUUGAUGAUAGCCAUAACGAUAGGGUCUAAUAUUUAUUGGAUCAGUACCUUUCAUCAAAAGAAUAUGAUGUUCAAUGUCCUUCCUCGGUGGGAGCUUACCUGGCCAUUCAAAAACAUUCGCAUAUUGAUCCAAAACUGUAAGCACAGGACUUGUUUCAUUCGAAUGCACGUCAGUUGCACAACACUCUGCCUUUACUGGGCCAUUCACUUCAACUACUCUGCACUCAAUCAAAAACCCUUCAUCUUGUUCUCCCCAUGUCUUAAUCAUACUCUUCAAACUAACUCGAGCCUUGGUGAGACUUGGAUCUCCUUUGAUACAUAUUUGCUUUCCAUUAUCAGUAAACGUUAGUGACAAAUUUUUCCAAUCAACCACAGUCACCCUUAAGGAAUGGAGCCACUGCAUUCCCAAAAUAAUAUUUACUCCUCCAAGUUCUGAGGGUAAAAAAUCCUCCCUCACAAUCCAGUCUUUCAGCUGAACUUCCAAGGCUUCACAAAUCCUCUUGCCUUGAAUAGCUGUUCUUGAGCCCAAGAUAACUCCAUAAUGUGCUGUCUCUUUGGUAGGUAAAUGCAGUUUCUUCACCAAUUUAUCAGAAAUAAAAUUGUGGGUGGCUCCACAAUCUAUUAAUAUCACAACUUCCUCAGCUUUCCCCAAACCUUCAUAGUUUCAGGGUUGUUUAAUCCUACCACUGAGUUAAUGGAUAGUUCCACAUAAGUUGUACUGUCUCCCUUUACUUCCAGUGUGGCUAGUUCUUUCCCUUCAAGCUCUUUUUCUUUAAUGAUCUCAUAUUCUUCAUUUUCAUUUACAACUAUGAACAUUCUUAAUUCACAGUGCCUUCAUUUUACAUUUGUGAUCUGCUGAAUAUUUUUCAUUACACCUGAAGUACAGUCCCUUCUCUUUCCCUGGUUGAAAUUCAACAUCGGGUAAACGCUUUAAGGUUCCUUCUUUAUGUACUUCACCAGCAUUAGAACUCCUCAGAGUUAUUGUCCUUAUAGGAAAUGUAGUAUUUCAUUUGUUUUCACCCGCAGUGUAACUUGCUCCUGUCUUAUUAUUUACUGUAGGUUGAGGAGGAUAUUUCCCUCCAGAAAAGCGAUUCAAAUUAGUUUCUCCCCUAAUUAUUUCUCCGUUCUUAACUAUUCUCUGUUCUUAACUAAUUGUGCUAUUUGCAAUCAUUUCGGCCAAACUCUUAGGACGACAGAAGCUACCUCAGCUCUAAUCCAAGGAAAUAAGCCAUUCAUAAAUGUCUCCUCUACUACUAUUUCUUGUAAGUCAGACGGGGUGCUUCAAGUUUAUUGAACAAAUUUCUAUACUCCUCUACUGUAGUUUCUUGCUUUAUGCAAAGAAAUCUAUCGCAAAUUGUUCCUUCUCUACUAGAUCUAAAUCGAACCAGCAAUCUUUCCUUCAAGUUCGACCAACUAAGGAACUUACCUCUCCUCCUGUGAUCGGUACCAGUUUAAAGCUGGUCCGCCAAAGCUAAUUGUCGACACAAGCAUUUUUUCAUAUUAGGUAAGUCUGUGUAUUUGGAAAUACCUUUUAGCACGAAAUAACCAUGAAUCAGGAUCUUCUCCAUUAAACAAAGACAUUUUGACCUUCUUAAAUUUGUUCCGAUCUCCAGCAUUUUCAUCAUUAUUGGCUUUCUUCUCGUUUCGGAUAUCGUUGAGAUUUCGGUGUGUUUCGAUAACUCUGCUGGAUGUUGCUUCGUUUUCCUUCCCUUUCGCCGUCGCAGAAUUGCGUGCAGCCGAUGCUGUCAAUUGCUCGCUCAUCGUCGAACGUUCCUUCGCUUUCGAUUCCAUCAUCAUCAAAAGCAUUUGCUGUUGCUUCUUCGAUUGCAGUCGCAUCAGUUCAAAGUUCUUCGCGAUCUCACUCAAACUCGCUUCGAUCACCGGCAUCUUACUCAACUCCUUCAAUCCGGCGAUUUCAUGAUCAAUCACUUCUAAUCGUUCUUCAAUCCGUGUUUGAACUAUGGCGGAUAAAUCUUCCAGGAUCGUGCUCUGAUACCAACAUGAUAGAACUCUAUCUUUUGGUAUUUGAUUCAAUCUUUAUUCAAGUAAUGAAUAUAAUUCUUGCAACAAAAGUGAAUUGAGAAAUUCUCAAUUCACAAUACUUGCAGACUCUCACGUAGAAACUAACUACCCUUCCCACCUAACCAACAACUUAUUUAUACUCACAGCUAACCGACUUUGACACUAACUAAUUACACAUGCUUCUCACGUGUUACUUCUCUUUUUUGCUCCUACUGUAAUGAAAUCUAAUAGGAGGUCUAACAAAUUUCUUUUACUCGUUGUGGCUUGCUCAAACAAUUUCAAAAUCUUGCAGCCCAUGGGAAAUCAUCUUUGGUUGCAGGACAGCAGGGGGAUUCUCGUGGUAUAUAUUCUCUAGGAUGCACAAUACUUUGACGCGAUCAGCAUCUAAACAUUUAAAAGAGAAUCUUAUGGAAAUUUUUUUACUCUGUUCUUAGUGAAGCUGAGGAUAAAAUCUUUCAGGGUACCUGAACUUUUCAUUGAGAUUCCUGAAAGUGCAACUGUCAGUUCACUGAAGGUAUGGUUGGGAACUACACUUCUGCUUCAGCAUGUAUGUUCAAGGAGAUUAUACAUUAAUCAUUUGGACAAGUCCUGUAUUAUUAUGUAUAGUCUUGCUCACGGAGGAAAUAUAUUUUCUCUAGGACGGUAAUGGAGGCAAUGGGCACUAUUAUUGGUCGUGGUAUACAUGUUGGUGUAAUCUUCCGGGGGAAGAAGGUCAAAGAUGAUAAUAAAACCUUAAUUCAGACUGGAAUUUCUUGUGACAACCAGGAUGGGUGCCUGGGAUUUACACUAGAGCCUCAUUCUUCGCAAACUCAUUCGUCUUUCUGCCAUAAAGAGCCUCCCUCUAUGGUUCCUUGUAGUAGUACACUCAAGCCUAUCGACGGAUGCAAUCCCAAUCCAACUAUGGAUUACUUAGGCAAUAACAGUACAUUGUUGCUUGAGACUCAUGCAUCCAAGGUGAAUAACUCAUCAGAGAGUGCUUGUGAGCCAGUGCCCUUUCCUGUCGAUACUGCAGUCGAGGAAAGAUCAUCAGACUCUAAAUCACUAGUGACUGAACAAGGCAUGGAUGUGGGCACAACAAAUGUAGUUCAGAUUUGUCUAAAAUCUAAUCAAUUUGAGGUUGGCCAUCGCAGAAUGCGUAGACCCUUUUCUGUUGAUGAAGUGGAAGCCCUUGUUCAUGCUGUUGAAACACUUGGUCCUGGAAGGUGGCGUGAUGUUAAACUUCAAGCAUUUGACAGUGUUAAGCAUCGUACUUACGUUGAUUUGAAGGACAAGUGGAAGACACUAGUACACACAGCAAAAAUAUCCCCUCACCAAAGGAGAGGAGAGCAAGUUCCACAACAACUUCUGGACAGAGUCCUCAAAGCCCAUGCUUAUUGGUCUCUCUCAUCAACCCCAAAAAACUUGCCUUCUCCCCCUCCAACUAAAUCCAUCUAAAUCUUCCUUUCUUUGUGUAUUCCAAAACAAUUCUGUACAAAAAAGAACUGUUCGGUCUCUAGGAAAAGGCAGGUUGUAUAUAUGGUUUGUUGUAGCUUAAAACUAGGAGUCUUCAUCUUCUCUACUGCAUGCAGAGGCUGGCUCUUCCCGUAAACUAUGAAUGAGAAUCCAUGUCAAUAGAAAUUCAGAAUACAUGGAAAUUCAUCUAUUCUGUUGUUUUCUUA